AUGGCGGACACUGUGGGGAAGCCUGAUGUCGAAAAUUCCCAGGCCGUAGCCACAAACCUGGCCAUCAACAAGCGGUUGCAUGCCCCCGUCAGCGAUGACCAGGAGACUGCCGAGAAGGGCCACUUUGAGCAUAUCAAUCUCAAUAAAAACAUCUCUGCAAAGAUCAAGAACCCUCUCGCAGACCUCACUCCCGAUGAGGUGCUCCGUGAUGUCGAAGACUUUGCCCAUGAGCAUGGGUUGACUUAUAUCCUUCCGGAGCUGCAGAAGGGUGCGCUUAUCGCCCGUGACCCUGAUGACUUUGAGUUGGUUCCGGACAUGACGGACGCCGAACUGACCGCGAUUGGUGAUGAGGUCACCCAUAAGUGGCGUCAGCCCAUGGCUCUGUAUUUCACCAUCAUCCUUUGCUCCAUUGGUGCUGCGGUCCAGGGAUGGGACCAGACCGGAAGUAAUGGUGCCAAUCUGUCCUUCCCCGAUGCUCUCGGCAUCCCCGAGCACGACAAUCCAAAUGCGGAGAGAAAUCAGUGGAUCGUGGGCGUUGUCAAUGCUGGACCUUACAUUGCCAGUGCGGUGAUCGGAUGCUGGCUCUCUGACCCAUGCAAUAAGUAUCUGGGUCGCCGUGGUGCCAUCUUUAUCUCUGCCGUUUUCUGUCUCCUGUCGCCAAUCGGCUCCGCCGUGAGCCAGACUUGGCCGCAGUUGUUCGUGACCCGUCUCCUCCUGGGCCUUGGAAUGGGGUUGAAAGCGUCCACAAUUCCCGUCUUCUGUGCUGAGAACACUCCGGCGGUAAUCCGUGGUGGUCUGGUGAUGUCCUGGCAACUGUGGACGGCGUUCGGUAUUUUCCUCGGUUUUUGCGCAAACUUGGCUGUGAAAGACACCGGAGAUAUUGCCUGGCGCUUGCAGCUGGGAUCCGCCUUCAUUCCAGCCUUGCCUCUGCUCAUUGGCGUGUAUUUCUGCCCCGAGUCGCCUCGUUGGUACAUCAAGAAGAACAGAAUCCGGAAGGCAUAUGAAUCGCUCUGCCGUCUGCGCAAUACGGAGCUCCAGGCUGCACGCGACCUCUAUUAUAUCUAUGCCCAGAUCAAAGUGGAACGGGAUAUUGCGGGAGAAGGCCACUACCUCACCCGCUUUAUUGAACUGUUCACUAUCCCUCGCGUCCGCCGUGCCACCCUGGCGUCGUUCACUGUCAUGAUUGCUCAGCAGAUGUGUGGCAUCAAUAUCGUGGCGUUCUACUCGUCCACCAUCUUCCAGCAGGCUGGUGCAAGCACAACGGGGGCGUUGUUUGCGUCCUGGGGAUUUGGGCUGGUCAACUUCCUGUUCGCCUUCCCCGCGGUAUUCACCAUCGAUACGUAUGGGCGCAGAACCUUGCUGCUCUUCACCUUCCCCCAGAUGGCUUGGACCCUCCUGGCUGCCGGAUUCUGCUUCUACAUCCCACAGGAGUCAACCGCGCAUCUGGCCUGUAUUGCCUUGUUUAUCUUUUUGUUUGCCGCAUUCUACUCGCCCGGCGAAGGCCCUGUGCCUUUCACCUAUUCUGCCGAGGUAUUCCCCUUAUCUCAUCGCGAGGUAGGCAUGUCUUGGGCCGUGGCCACUUGCCUUGGUUGGGCCGCCAUCCUUUCUAUUACCUUCCCGCGUAUGUUGGACGCUAUGACUCCAACCGGUGCCUUUGGCUUCUACGCUGGACUGAACGUGACUGCUUUGGUUAUGAUCUUCUUUUGGGUCCCGGAGACCAAACAGCGUACCCUGGAGGAGCUGGACUACAUCUUUGCCGUCCCCACUCGCAUGCACAUGCGCUAUCAGCUCUUCAAGGUCCUUCCUUGGUGGGUUCAGCGUUACAUCUUCCGACGCAAUGUUGAGCUGGAGCCUCUGUACAAGUUCGAUCACAUUGCCACCCGCACGUAG